AUGCGACAAGGUUGUAGGUCCGAAGGACUUCACGUCCUACUUCGUUCCUGGGAAGGACCUGCUCUUGCGUUACAUUCUGCCGAGUUGUGCGCUGUCAAGCAUAUGGUCCGUCAUGCAUCUAAAGCACACCGGGGGCCACGAUUGCACCGCAGGUUCCUGUUCAUUCUCGUCUUAACCUGCUUUGGUUUUGACCUGCGAGCUCGCAUAGUCCUCAGACGGAUCGGUGGUGUCCAGAAAGCUAACCGUAGCAACAGGUGGUGUACAUACUGGAUCCGAUUUGAGAAAGACGGCGACACCUUCGCAGCUGCUGCGGACCGAUGUGCACGUCUUUUUGAGAUAGCGCGACAGGCCGGCGUGCGGCGCAUAGUCUACACCUCUCACACCCACGCGACGGAGGCCUCGCCCUUCGUGUACAUCGCUGGAAAGGCUCGUGCUGCAGCUGCCCUCAGAGCCUCCGGGAUUGGCUCCUACGCGAUUGCCCGCCCGUGCGGCAUUUUUGGCGAUACUGCCGGGGAGUCGAUUCUGAUGAACAAUGCGGCCUGGGUGCUGAGGCGAACUCCGCUAUUUCUCCUGGCCGGGGAUGGCCAACAGCGAUUCCAGCCCAUCCAUGUGCGCGACAUGGCUGAGCUCCUUCUGUCGCUCGGGGCCUUGGACAACGAGGCCGCCCCAAGCGAAGAACGAGAUGCGUGUGGUCCCGACCGACCGACAUCUUUGGACCUGUUUCAACACAUAGCUUCUUGCGUCCAGUCGCGGGCGACGGUGGCGGCACCCGGAGUGCUCUCAACGAGGCUGGUCACGCAACUGACGAAGCCCAUCAACUGGUACACUGGAGAUGUGUUGUUGGAUGCAGACGACUUGGAUCUUCUAUGCUCCGGAUUGACGGUGGCAGAAAAUCCAGAAGAUCCGGGCAUUGCGAGGCGCAGGAGUUUGUUCACUUGGCUCGAGGAAGUCGGGCCAUGGUUAGGCCAAGAUUACAUCUCCUCCAUGCGGCGCUACUACUACCAGCGCAGCUCAUGA